GGCUUGUGUAACACUCGGGCCGCGUGGCUGCCAGCAGGCAUCGGCAUCGGCACCGGCACCCGGAGCCCAGCGCAGCCACGCUGCUCCGGGCGGCGCUGAGGAUGCGGCGAGCACGGGGGAAGCGGAAGGCCGAGGCCACGGAGGUGCCGUGCGUGAAUCGGAGGAGGACGGAGGGAGAGGAGGCGAUACAGGAGGCCCGUCGGAGGGCGGCCCCGUCCGUUCGAGAGUUCAAGUACAACAAAAAGCGGGUUCGCCUUGUCUCGCAGGGCUCGGACCUGAAGGAUGAUGCUCGGUGCAUCCUUUACUGGAUGUGCCGGGAUCAGCGAGUGCAAGAUAAUUGGGCUUUCCUCUACGCCCAGCGCCUGGCCCUCAAACAGGAGCUGCCUCUGCACGUCUGCUUCUGCUUGGUGCCCAAAUUUCUGGAGGCCACCAUCCGCCACUACAGGUUCAUGCUGAGGGGUCUGCAGGAGGUAGCAGAGGUACAGCCACGGGAUGUCCGUGCUGGAUGGGACAGGGCAAAUGGGGAAAGGGGAGGCAGUUCCUCCCUUCAGCAGAUCCGUCCCUUCAGCAGAUGCUGCUUGGGUGGGGUUUGCAGAGCCAUGAACUGUCCCACAGCCAUUUCCGUGUCGCUGCAGGAGUGUGCAGAGCUGAACAUCUCCUUCCACUUGCUGCUGGGCUAUGCCAAGGAUGUGCUGCCCACGUUUGUGACGGAGCAUGGCGUGGGUGGGCUGGUGACAGACUUCAGCCCCCUCCGCCUCCCCCGGCAGUGGGUAGAGGACGUCAGGGAACGCUUGCCAGAGGAUGUGCCAUUUGCACAGGUUGAUGCCCACAACAUCGUGCCCUGCUGGGUUGCCUCCCCCAAGCAGGAGUACAGCGCCAGGACCAUCCGGGGCAAGAUCCACGCUCAGCUCCCCGAGUUCCUCACCGAGUUUCCCCCUGUUGUUCGUCACCCACAUCCGCCCUCCUGCCCAGCAGAGCCCAUCGCUUGGGAGGCCUGUUAUUCCAGCUUGCAGGUGGACCACACCGUGAAGGAGGUGGAGUGGGCAACCCCUGGCACAGCUGCAGGGAUGGCUGUGCUCAAGUCCUUCAUUGCAGAUCGGCUGAAAUCCUUCAGCAGCCACAGGAAUGAUCCCAACAAGGCGGCUCUCAGCAACCUCUCCCCAUGGCUUCACUUCGGCCAGGUUUCCACCCAAAGAGCCAUCCUGGAGGUGCAGAAGCAGCGGCGCAGUUACAAGGACUCGGUGGAUGCUUUUGUGGAGGAGGCUGUGGUGCGGCGGGAGCUGGCUGAAAACUUCUGCUACUACAAUGAGAACUACGACAGUGUGCAGGGUGCCUAUGACUGGGCACAAACCACCCUGAAGGUCCAUGCCAAAGACAAGAGGCCUUAUCUGUACAGUCUGCAGGAGCUGGAGCAGGGGACCACACAUGACCCACUCUGGAACGCUGCCCAGCUGCAGAUGGUCCGGGAGGGCAAGAUGCACGGCUUCCUGCGGAUGUACUGGGCCAAGAAGAUCCUGGAGUGGACGCACUCCCCUGAGGAGGCCCUGCAGUUUGCCAUCUACCUCAACGACCGCUACGAGCUGGACGGGAGGGACCCCAAUGGAUACGUAGGCUGCCUGUGGUCCAUCUGUGGCAUUCACGACCAGGGCUGGGCGGAGCGGCCGAUCUUUGGCAAGAUUCGCUACAUGAACUAUGCCGGCUGCAAGCGCAAGUUCGACGUGGAGCAGUUUGAGCGUCGCUACAGCCCCACACACUCCCAGUGACACCCUCUGGGCUGGGCAGAUGUGCCUUGGCCCAGCUGCCAGCUUGCAGGGGUCACCCUGGGAUGUCAAAGGGCUCCCUGUAGCAGCAGCACGCUCCAGGGUUUUGCAGGUCUUUGCCAUCACCCACUCGAGUUGCUGGAGCCCUUCUGCUGGCACAAGGUUGCUGGCAGCUGUGAGAGCCCAUCCUCAGCAUGCCUGUACCUGCCAGAAACCUUUCUACAACCAAGGCCUCAGGAGUAGCCCAGGUCACCAUUGCUGCUGGUAACCACAGCUGAGAUUUGGGCUGAGCAGGGUGUUUCUAGGGAAAAGCCCCCAGGAAGAGGCUCUUCAUGGAGCCAGUGCUGGUCUCUCAUUUUUUAACAGUUUUAAAGUUUACAGUUUUUAU